AUGAAAGAGGCUACUGCAAAGCUAAGCAUUUCUGUGGAACAAACUCACAAGGAAGGUGUCAUGAGUGAUGGUCCCUGUGACUUCACUGGGCAAGAAAUCUGUAUUGUACUUCACAGAAUUCACAUAGGAGAGAAACCUUAUGAUUGUCAUUAUUACGGCAAAACCUUCAGUCAACACUCAUCCCUUAUUAACCACCAAAAAAUUCAGACUGGAAAGAAGCAACAUGAGUGUCAUAAAUGUGGUAAAGCUUUCAGUGAAGACUCAUCCUUCAUUAUACAUCAGAGAAUUCACACUGUAUAUGAAUGUAAUGAAUGUGGAGAGAUUUUCAUACUGCACCCCAAUCUUGUUGAACAUAAGAGAAUCCACACUGAGGAGAAACCUUAUGAAUGUACUCAUUGUAGAAAGGCUUUCAGCCAGGAAUGCCAUCUUGCUCUACAUCAAAGAAUCCACACUGGAGAGAAACUUUGUGAAUGUAAUGAAUGUGGAAAGGCUUUCAGAUACAAAUCCCAACUUGCUGUACAUCAGAGAGUCCACACUUCAGAGAAACAUUAUGAAUGUAAUCAAUGUGGAAAGAGUUACAAAAGCAGCUCAGGUUUAACUACACAUAGGAGAAUCCACACUGGAGAGAAACUGUACAAAUGUAAUGAAUGUGGAAAGACUUUCAGAUGCAGCUCUAGUCUUGCUGUACAUCAGACAAGUCACACAGGAGAGAAACCAUAUCAACGUGUUCAGUGUGGAAAGAAUUUUCGACUUUGCAACAAAUUUGUUGACCAUCAGAAAAUCCACACUGGAGAGAAACCUUAUCUAUGUCAUCAAUGUGGAAAGGCUUUUAGAAGAAGCUCUAGUCUGGCUAGACAUCAGAGAACCCAUACUGGAGAGAAACCUUAUGAAUAUCAUCGAUGUGGAAAAACUUUCCCAUGGAAAUCCGGUCUUGCUUUACAUGAAAGAAUCCACAAUGGAGAGAAACCUUAUGAAUGUGAUCAGUGUGGAAAGACUUUCAGAUGCAACUCUAGUCUUGCUGAGCAUCAGAGUAUCCACACUGGAGAGAAACCUUAUGAAUGUGGUCUGUGUGGAAAGAAUUUUCAACAAUGCAACAAAUUUGCUGAACAUCAGAAAAUCCACACUGGAGAGAAACCUUAUGAAUGUAAUCAAUGUGGAAAGGGUUUCAUUUCUCACUUCCAUCUUACUCUUCAUGAGAGAAUCCACACUGGAGAGAGACCUUAUGAGUGUCUGGAAUGUGGCAGAGCUUUUUAUUUACGCUCUACCCUUACUAAACAUCAGAGAAUCCAUACUAGAGCACAAACCUCCUUAAUAUAA